GCAACAGUAUUAAUUUAUCCCAUUAAAAAAAGAACUAUCUAAAAACGAAAUAAUUUCUCAAAACACCAAUUAUAAUUAUUAUGAAUUUAUUAAGAAUAUGGUCAAAUGACCUACAAUAACGUUACAUUGACAUAUUUUGUCCAGUUGGUAACUGUAUAUAAAUAAAUGCCGAAUAGUUAAAAUAGGAGACAUUUUGUUUGUUAAAAAUAUAAAUUUGUUUUAAUCCAAUACAAAUAGGUGUAUGAUUGUACUUAAGCAUAAAUAACAUUGAUCAUAGAAAUACACAAACAUUCUUUUCUUUUUGAAAAACAAAAUCCAAUUCAUACACACAAUUAAAGGAGUAACAAAUUUGUUAUUAUCAAAUAAAAUGGAUAUUUGAAACUGUGCUUAAUUGAGAUAAAAAUAAGUUGAAUACAUUUAAAUUGAGGAAUCUCAUUUUUCCCUUAUCUAUGAAACAUAUUUGGAAAUGUAAAAUGGAUCAACAGUAAUGACAAGGUGACAAUGCAUUGUUGAUAAGGUGUUUACAGUUAAGAAACCAACUGACUACACACUGAAGUAAUAAUUAUUUUGAAUAGAAUUACAAUAUUUUUGGAUAAAUACCAGUUAUUUCGUCAAAUUUUGAACCAUUUUCCAGCAAUUAGCCAUGAUCGAUGUUAAGAUGUAUAAUCUACUUAUUAUUUACCAAAUUAUCCUAUACCUAAUUGUCGUAUUUUUAAAAUUCAGCAUCUCUCAAUUGUUUGAACGUGUCACUGUACAGGAAAAUAUCCCUUUAAAUACUGUGAUAUUUGAUUUAAAACCGAUGUUGGAACGAUAUAUGAAUGGUCAUUUGUCCCCAUUAUCGUCAUCUCAGUCAUCAGUAUCGCAUAACAGAAAUAUAACAGCAUUUGCGAAUCAACAAGAAACCUUUUGGCCAUUUAUCUUAGACGAAUUUCUGAUUAAACUAGCAAAACCACUGGAUCGUGAAGUGAUCUGUCUUUUACAAACUGAAUCCUUAAGACAUUCAGUCAACCGAAAUGAUCCUUCAAUUGCAUCUUACAGUGAUACAAGUCAAGUUUGUAUACCUGGAGCUUGUUGUAAACUAUUGCAUGUAAAUAUAAUUACAAGCCCAACAGAAUUACCUACACCAUUCUAUAUUCAAGUAGCUGUACAAGAUAUUAAUGAUAAUCCGCCACGAUUUCCACCACUUCAUACACCAUAUAUUUUAAUAAGAGAAGAUAUUAAACUGGAUGAGAAGAUAUGGUUACCUCAAGCUUUUGAUGCAGAUAGUGAUCAAUUCAGUGUAGCGGAAUACCGUACAAUUAAUUGGGUACACGGGAAUCAAAGUCAUUUUCGACUAGGCGUUUCAGAUUCAAAUGAUUUAAAUAAUGAUUUCAUUAGUGGUGUUCAUGAAAUACCAAAUAGUAUAAAUUUAAAUUCUCAUUUGGGUAAACCUUAUUUGACUAUAACAGAAGGAUUGGAUCGUGAACUUGUUGAUUUAUAUUCCUUUACACUAAUCGCCAUUGAUGGUGGUGGAAAUAUUCCAGUUAGUAAUGCACCAGAUAUGAAUAAGGCACUUACUGGAUCUGUCAGCAUCAUUAUUAAAAUCUCCGACGUUAACGACAAUCAUCCAACAUUUGAACAAAAUACAUAUCGUGCUGAAGUUGCAGAAAAUUCAGUGACUUCACCAAUUAUUGAAUUCAUUUUAUUCGAUCGUGAUAUAGGAGAUAAUGGUCGAGUGACUAUAGUUAUCGAUGAUCCUACUGGACAAGCUCAACAUCUUUUCCGUAUUAUAUUACAACCAAGUCAAAAUUCCAACCUAAAAUUGUACAGUCACACUGGGUUUCCCAAUUCUCCCCCACAACAGUCGAAUAAUCCAGCAGGAACAUAUUAUAAGGGAUCAUUACAAAUAAUUAGUCCAUUAGAUGCUGAAAGGCAUCUAAAUUUGUUAAGAUUUCAUUUAGUUGCUACUGAUCAUGGCCAACCAAUAUUAAGUUCUCGUUGUGAAAUACAAAUAAGAAUAAUUAAUGUAAAUGAUAAUCCACCGAAAAUUGUAUUUUUAAAUAAUGGUAAACGAUUAUCUGAUGGACGUAUUUCAUUACCGGAAGUAGAAACACCACAAAGAGCUAUAGUCGCUUUAGUUCAUGUAACCGAUGAUGAUUCACCAAUUGAACAAAUUCGUUGUCAUUUAAUUAAAGAAGAUGAUAUGUUUUCAUUUGAAGAAACUGGUGGUACAAGUUUUCUUACACAUCAACAAACUCAACAAUCAUAUAAUUUAUUUAAUGAAGCUAUUGGAAUUCAUUCAACUUAUAAGCAAUAUGUUAUUCGUACAAGAAAAAUUCCAGAUAGAGAAGAGAAAAAUUUUUAUACAGUUACCAUUGAAUGUAUGGAUGAUGAAGGACAAUAUGCGUUAUCACGAAAUGCCAGUCUACAUAUCACUAUUACAGAUAUCAAUGAACAUAAGCCAAUAUUUACAAAAAGUAUAUUCACAGGUCAAGUAAUCGAAAAUCAACUACAUGCAGAAGUACACAUGUUGACACCGAUUCAUGCAACAGAUCUUGAUUUAGGUGUUAAUGCACUAAUUACCUACAGUUUAGUUAAUCCAUAUGAAUUAUCAUCUAUACAAACAGUAACAAGUAUAUCAUCACUAGUGACGGCUUCAACGCCAUCGUCGUCGUCAUCAUCAUCAUCAUCACUAUUAGUUAAUUUCGUAAAUAGUACUGCAUUCUUUAGAAUAGAUCCAAUCACAGGGAAAUUAUGGACUAUUCAAUCAUUGGAUUGUGAAAAUCGUAGUGAAUAUCAUUUGGUAGUGAUUGCAAAAGAUUCUGGGUCACCUGUACCACUUUCUUCAAGCGCAAGUAUCAUCAUUACAGUGGAAGAUACAAAUGAUAAUAUGCCGGAAUUUUUGAAUACACACUAUCUAUUUGAGGUAGCUGAAAAUGCACCAGGUGGUACAGAAAUUGGUGUUGUCGAAGCUAUAGACAAAGAUGUAUCAACAAUAAAUCAACGUGUACGUUACAAUUUACGUGGUAAUAAUGACGACUUGAAAUUAAUUACAAUUGAUCGAAAUAGUGGUACAUUGAGAACUCGACGUCCAAUUGACAGAGAAUCUAGAUCUUCUAUAUCACUUAUAGUAGAAGCAGAAAAUGAAGUACCAAUUCAUCGUUCACAAUCUGUUAGAAAUGAUAACUUUAAUACGAUAAUCAACCAUAUUGGUACAGAGGCAAGUGUAGUAAUCACAAUUUUAAAUUUAAAUGACAAUCGACCUGAAUUCAUUUUAAUUGAACCACAUCGUUCACAUGUCACAUUUACUUGGGAACAAUUAAACCCAUUAAUUAUACCGAAACAAACUCAACUAAAUGCUACUACGAUACAUUCAAAAUCUGACAGUCAGUUUGGGAAAAAAGAGAAAUCAAUCAAAGAAGAAAAUCAAAAAUUAUCCUCUUUAGAAGACGCUAAUCCUGUAUGUGAACCUUUGCCUCAUCGUGUGAUUGAUAGAGACAUGGAGUCGGAUUCUAUGUUAGACUGUUGUAUCCUUGAAUUAUUAGAUAAUUACAAUGGAUUAUUCGCACUGAUCCCACAAGCUCCAAGUGUGCUAUGUGCUAUGUAUAGACCGCCGAGUCCACAAACUUACAAACUGACGCUUAUAGCAAAAGAUGGUUUGACGAAUGAUAGCCUAUCAUCUCAAGUUCAUUUCACAGUGAUCAUUCGUAGUGAUCCAAAUCUUAGAAUAUCAGAUAAAAAAAGUAAUAAUCAUCGUUCAGAUCAAUUAGGAAUAGAUUAUUUAACAGAAAAACAGUUAAAUUUUGAUCAGAAUAAAUUACACAAUGAUUUGAUAAACAAUAAUUUCAAUUAUGCUGAACGUGAUAGAUUAAGUAAAGAUUAUUCACACAGAUCAUUAAAUCUUGAUGGUAACGUUAAUUCUGGAUUAUUAUAUCCUUCAGGAUUAUCAUCAUCAGUGUCUGCAUCACAACAAUAUAAAUUAAAUCAUUCUAAAUCGUAUGGAUCUGGACAUCAAACAAUAAUAAUUAUUGUGAUGGCUUCAAUUGCUGGAGUGUUAUGUGUUUUAUUAUUAGUAGCUAUUAUUUUAACAAAACGUUGUACAUUUGAUACUGUAUCAACAUCAAUAACAAACACGAAAGAUUUUACUAAAGAAGAACCAAAUAAUCAAAAUGAAUCAGCUGUUGGAAUGAAAUGCCCUAGUUCAACUGGUUCAUCACCGUCCAAAACAAAAAAUUUUCAUUCAUUUCCCGUAAAUAUGCAUCAUAUCCAUUCAAAUCCUGAUUAUUAUGCAAAAGAAAUGAUCUAUCAUCAUCCUGUUGGACUUGCAUCAAGUGAAACAGCUUAUGAUAUUUCACUUGAAACUAUGAAACCACCUAACAAUGUUACAUUUUUAAACAACUAUACACCAUUUGUUCCUUUAAAUUUAAGAUCAAAUAAUACUCAACUAAGAGCUAUAUCAACUCAUUCACCACAAACAAGACCUAUACAAUGUCAAAUUCCAAUUGAUGAUGAUUUAUAUCAAGAACAGAAAUCUCCUAUAAUUAAUUCUUCUACAUCUUUUAAUCCUUGGUCACAAUCAUGCUCACCAUCAAAGAAUCCAACUUAUAUGCAAAUGAAUUUAACUAAUACAAGAAGUUCACCAUUAAAAAAUUCUUUUCAACAUCCAAAAUCUAAUGAAAAUUUUUCAAAAAGUAUUUAUCAAACUAUUGAUACACGACUUUUAAAACAUUCACAAUUGAAUAAUAAUACACCAACUAAUACUAAUAUGAUUGGUUUAGCUACGCCUACAAUUAAACGUGAUCAUUCAAAUAAAUUACAUGAUUUAAACAAUAACAAUAAUAAUAAUAGUACUAAUAAUAAUGGUGGGAAAGUACAUUUCAAUAAAACAAAAUUGAAAUUAUUACCAAAAGAACAUUUUCAACAAAUUAAUGAUAAUUUACAAUCUACUAAAAAUGAUGAUAAUAAUAAUACAGAGACAAAUGAAUUAAUAAAACCUUUAUUACAAAGAGCUAAUUCUGAACGAUCGCCUUAUUUUCAAACUAGUUUUGUGUAAAUAUUCAAUAAUCUAUUAUUGAAAUUAUAUAUACAAAUGUAUUAAUUUAUUUAUUCAUUUUUCUCAAUAUUAUCUAUAUUCAAUUUGUUUAUAUUUAUCUUGUGAUUAAUCAACUUUCAACAAGAUAAAGAAGACAAAACACUAAUAUAUUCACGAUUAUUAUUAUUAUUACAUGAUUUCAAUAAUUGAGAUCAUGAUUCAUUUGAAGCUAGACCAUCAUGGAAAACCUGGAAGCACUAGAUGGUCGUUUCAUCCUAUUGUGGGACUUCUCAUCAGUGCAUAUCCAUGAUGCUGAGCAAUCCUACAAUAGGAUGAAACGGUCAUCUAGUGCUUUCAGGUUUUCCAUGAUGGUCUAGCUUCAAUUAAUUCAUAAUCUCAACCAUUGAAAUUACCACCAUAUCCACAAAAAUCCAUCUGAUAUUAUUAUAUAGUUUAUAAGUCAAUUGUAAGCACUAUGUGUGUAUAUUUUAUUUGUGUAUUUAAUAAUUUACACUUAAUGUUACAAGUAAAAGUUAUAUUCAGAUAAUGUUAUUGUACAUAUAGUGAACUGCUACUAUUAUUAUUAUUAUUAUUUCUAUUGUGUAAUUCUUCCUUAUGCAUUUACUUAUGAGAACUACUGAUUAGGUUUAUUUAUAUAAAAUCACUACAAAUUAUGACACAUUUAUCAUACAAUAAUUACACACAAAAAAAUGAUCUGAACUGUUUAACCAUUAUGUAGAAUUUGUUGUUUCAAUGAUAAUGACAAUAAUAAUAAUAGUAACGAUACUUAUUUAUAUGUUUAUGAUUAUACUUAGAUAUGAUAGUUUACUCAUUCGGUAUCAGUGUAUAGUAUAUUUUAUGAAAUUGUUUCUAUCAGUGUUUUCUUUGAAAAUUACAAGUGAAUUUGAAAGUUUAUAUGUGACAGUAUGAAGGGAGAAACAUUUCUUAAUCUUAGUUUUAUGACCAAUGUCAUUUGUUAGAAACGUUCAUUUGUAAUAUGAUAAAGGGAACAAUGUGUAUGAAACAUCUGUGAUAUGUUGAACUAUAUCGAUUAGAUCAUUUGAAGUUUGAAAGCCAUCAAACAAAUAAAGUUCAAAUAUGUGAGUAAACGAAUCAUGUAAUCAAGAUCAUUUGUCGCUUGUUAUAGUCAGUUUGGUAACCUUUAAAUAUGCAAGAGCUGUUAACAAUAUUACUCUUUUAACAAUAAAAUUUCUUACUUAGUCUUAAUUUUCUCUUUCUGAGUAGCUGGUUGGUCAAAUUUAAGGAAUGUAAUUUUGGGUAAUACAUGCUUCUUUAUAAAUUCUAAAUAAUGUUAUCUAGCAAUGAAAUUUUAGAUUUUAUUACUGAAGAAGUCAUGAUAAUCGCCCAUAAAAUUAAAUUUACCAACUUGUCACUUAUAUCUUAGCUUUAAAAAGUCUUUGAGGAGAAUACUAAACUAAACUUGUGGACAAUUCCUAACGUAGAUCAACAGAAUUAUGUCUAUGAGAUCAAAUGUAAUGACUGUAAUGAUAUGUAUGUAGGUAAGACGUCAUGUUAAUUGAAUGUAAG